CAUUCAACCAUGCUCUCCCGACUUUUAUCUUCAGUAUCGAAAACUGCCAAAUUCAAUACAUUAACAAGACUUUAUCGCAAGUACUCCACUGUUGUAAAUCCAAACAAUGCCUACGACGUUGUCAUUGUGGGUGGUGGUGUUGCAGGCACUGCUCUUGCAUGUUCCAUAGCUAGUAAUCCAUUAUUAAAGGAUCAACGAAUUGCAUUGAUAGAAGCCAUGGAUUUGACAAAUACACUGCAAUGGUCUCCUCAGCAAGACAUUUACUCGAAUCGGACAGUAUCUUUAACACCGGGGUCUAUGGCAUUCUUGAAGCGUAUUGGUGCAACACAUCAUUUGUCACCAGGACGCGCCAAUCCUUAUACUGAUAUGCAAGUCUGGGAUGGCGUGACAGGAGCUCGUAUUCAUUUUGACGCAACAUCGUUGAACCCUCAUGAUGCAUCUAAUGACGUCGAAAGUCGAAACACAAUCGCCUACAUGAUUGAAAAUACCCAUUUACAACAUGCUCUUUUGAAACGAUUAGAACAAUGCCGCGCUGAAGGUGCUCAAGUGGAUAUUCUACAACGUGCUCGUGUGUCUACUAUUGAAAAGGAACCUAUGUCUGAUACUGACGAUGGUUUGGAUCUUUCGGAUUGGCCUGUCGUACAUCUUGAAAAUAAAACGAAGCUUCAUGCUAGAUUAUUGAUUGGGGCGGAUGGGAUCAAUAGUCCUGUACGCAAGUUUGCAUGUAUAGAAUCAUUAGGAUGGGAUUAUGAUGCUCAUGGUGUAGUAGCUACUUUGAAAUUGGAUUCUUUGGAUCAUCAAACAGCUUGGCAACGAUUUUUACCUACUGGUCCUAUCGCUAUGUUACCUAUGGGUGAAGGAUAUGCAUCCAUGGUAUGGUCUACUAAACCACAUUUAGCCAAACUUCUUAAAACAAUCUCUGAGGAAGAUUUUGUACAACUGGUGAAUGCUGCUUUCCGUCUCAGUCAUGUGGAUUUGGAUUACUUUUACAAACAACUGGAUAAUGAUAAGGCAUUUCCAUCUUUAGCUUCCGAGGUAGCAUGGCGAGAUGAUGUGAUAAACAAGUCAACCAACGAAAUCUUACCUCCCAAGGUGGUUCAAAUUCAACAAGCUAGUCGUGCCAGCUUCCCUCUCAAGCUACGAAACUCUGAACGGUAUAUUUCUGAUCGUGUAGCUCUCGUUGGGGACGCUGCUCACACUACCCAUCCAUUGGCUGGACAAGGAUUAAAUCAAGGAUUAUUGGAUGUGGAAUCAUUGACAAAUGUAUUAGUUCAAGGUACUUUGGAAGGACAAGAUAUUGGAAACAUCAAUUUACUACGUGGUUAUGCCUCAGAUAGAUAUAUUCGAAAUAUCGUGAUGAUUAGUGCAUGCGACAAGAUGCAUCGAUUGUUUGGUACAGAUGCUGCUCCCAUUGCUUGGUUAAGAUCUUUUGGAUUAUCUACUCUUAAUAAUCUAGAUUCUGUCAAGAGUGAAAUUAUGAAGUAUGCUAUGGGCGUAGAGUAUACUGGUGCUACAUCAUCUUCUUCCCAAUAACAACAACAACAUCAUCAUCAUUAUUAUUAUCAUACAACCAUCUAGUAAUAUUCUAUAGAUUAGUGCUCACUUUUUUAAUACAAUAGAUAUGACUUUUAGUUUUAAAA